AUCCCCAUCUACACAACCACCACCGUCGCAAUCGGUGUUUGUCCUAUUAGAAUUUAUUUCAGUUAUCCAAUUCUGUUGUUCCUUUAAUUUCUUGUAUUUUCCUCUUACACGUCACCCUCACCGACAGCCUCACGAGACCCGCCCACUCAGUGUUCCGCCCCUCCUCGCCCACAGCCAUCCGAGCAUUCUACCCUUAACGCAUUGUCUGGCAUCACUCUAAAUGGACAACAAUAUGGAAAUCGAUACUGCGCGGUCCCCCGAGCCCCACCGCCUGUCGCCGACGUCUGACCCUGGGUCGAUACCGACACUGGACGGAUGGAUUGAAAAUUUGAUGAGCUGCAAGCAACUAGCGGAGGAAGACGUGCGGAGACUGUGUGAUCGGGCAAGAGAGGUGUUGCAGGAAGAAUCCAAUGUGCAACCAGUUAAAUGCCCAGUGACUGUGUGCGGUGAUAUACACGGCCAGUUUCACGACCUAAUGGAACUGUUCCGCAUCGGAGGCCCGAAUCCAGACACAAACUAUCUGUUUAUGGGUGACUAUGUCGACCGUGGUUAUUACUCCGUAGAGACCGUUACCCUCCUUGUUUGCCUUAAAAUCCGUUACCCCCAGCGCAUCACCAUCCUCCGUGGAAAUCACGAGUCCCGCCAGAUUACUCAAGUAUAUGGAUUCUACGACGAGUGCUUGCGUAAAUAUGGCAACGCCAAUAUCUUCUGCCUCCACGGCGGCCUGAGUCCGUCGAUCGACACGCUUGACAACAUUCGGUCCCUGGAUCGGAUCCAGGAGGUCCCCCACGAGGGACCGAUGUGCGACCUGCUGUGGAGUGACCCCGACGACCGAUGUGGUUGGGGAAUCUCGCCCCGUGGUGCUGGAUACACCUUCGGGCAGGAUAUUUCGGAAGCAUUUAAUCAUAACAACGGCUUGACUCUGGUUGCACGAGCACAUCAGCUUGUAAUGGAGGGAUAUAAUUGGUCGCAGGAUCGGAACGUGGUCACAAUUUUCUCCGCGCCGAAUUAUUGCUACCGCUGCGGUAACCAAGCCGCGAUUAUGGAGAUUGAUGAGCAUUUGAAGUAUACAUUCCUACAAUUCGAUCCCUGCCCCCGUGCGGGCGAGCCAAUGGUCUCGAGGCGUACCCCCGACUAUUUCCUGUGAUUGAAUGUGAUAGACUUCUCACCUCUGGCAAGAUGAGGUUCUCCGACCCUUCGAGAGGGCUCCUAGGAUUUGGAACUGCAGACGCGACGGUCUGCCUAGAUAAUUGUAUGUCUGUUUUCUGGGCCGUGUUGAUACCAUUCAUGAAAAUAAAAAGACAUUCGCAAGAGUUUUGUUUUAUCCUGCGUUUUGCGGUGGCUCCGUCUCAGAGUAAUGGGGUUUUUCCGGGCAGCUUCUUGGAUACAGGCGGUUAUGGUUUGAUGUUAGAACUUUACCAGAUACACCGUAUUAUGAACCGAGGGUGGGUCUGUGUGGAUUACGUCCUCUAGAAUAACCGGGGAGGUGGACAAUAAU